AUGGGAGGCACGAAAAAAAGAAGAGAUACCACCCCGUCCGUGGCCACAUUGUUCCGCGGGAAAGAAGACGGGCGGCCAUCUUUGUCACAGGGCCACACAGAGACGGGCUCCGACUCAGACGAUUAUGAGGCCGCCGAACGGCAUGCGGCCCCCCUCACAAAAGAGGACCUUAAGAAGCUGCUUAAAGAAACAUCCGACGACAUCAAGGCAUACACAGCGGCCGCCCUGGAAAAACAAAUUGCUGGCCUCAAGGAUGAUAUAGAGGCCCUGACAUCGCGCACCAGCCGCACUGAAACCCAGAUUGCAGAAACACAGGACAAGUUAAAGACACACACCGGAGACAUAGGGGCCAUGCAGGAUAAGAUCUUGUACCUGGAGGAUGGCCUGGAGGACCUAAAUAACAGGUCACGGAGGCAGAAUAUCAGGAUACGAGGCCUCCCGGAAUCAGUCCUACCCGAGACACUAUUACCAACCGUCCGGGCGAUCUUCCAAUCCCUCCUCCCAGACGCUUCCGAACAGGACCUCUACAUAGAGCGGGCCCAUAGAGCCCUGCGCCCCCCAACAUAUAACAUGAAUGCCCCUAGAGACAUCAUAACCAAGCUCCUCUACUUCCCAAUUAAAGAGAGGCUUAUGAAGGCUGCGCGGGACAACCCGCCAACGUAUCAAGGCCAAACCUUGCAUUUUUAUCAGGACCUGCCACCGACCACGCUACAGAAACGCCGGGAUCUCAAGCCACUAACCACCGCGCUUGUGGAGAAAGGUUGGCGCUACACGUGGGGACAUCCCUUCAAACUACAUGUCAAGAUGUCAAGAAGGGUGAGCAGACAUACACUCUCCACCAAGUCACGGAUAUGCAAGACUUUGCCCAGUACAUCGGACUCUCACUACGCCAACCAGCCCAGGAGACCGAAUCCUCCACAUCCGCAGGGGACAACCGACGUGACGAACCAAGACCUCGUCAUCCCCGACAACAGGCCAAACCAAGACCCCCAACCACUUCUGUGGGCCAGGCACAUACGGACACAUGAACUGGGGCACCCGCCCGCUACAAGACCGUCCUGCCAAACCUCACGGGCCUCCCGUGACUCUUUCCAGUUCAUAGCCGUAAAGUAUUAA